GGCCGGUGCCGGCGGUGCGGGGCCGGGGCCGGGGCCGGUGCGAGCGGAGCGGCGCGCAGCCGGGAUGGGGGCGCGGGCGGGCGGGGCGCUGCGGGCUGCCCUGGCGCUGGGGCUGCUGGCGGCCGCGCAGCCCGGCCCGGCCGCUCGCCACCGGCGGGAGGCGGAGCUUUUCCUGGAGAAAUACGGCUACUUCGGCGAGCCAGGGACCGAACACAGCCCCACCGAGUUCAUGGAGGCGGUGAGGGAUUUCCAGCGGGUGACCCACCUCCCGCUCAGCGGGGUCCUGGAUGCCCCCACGCUCCAUCAGAUGGCUCUGCCGCGGUGCGGCACGGGCGACAGGGAGAGCCGCGCUGCCUGGGCACACCGGGCAUCUGCCGCCCGGCGCCGCAGGCGCACCACGCAGCACGGUGGGAGGUGGUACAAGCGGCACCUGAUGUACCGAGUGGUGAACUGGCCGUCCUACCUGCCGCAGCACGAGGUGCGCCUGGCCGUGAAAGCUGCCUUCGAGCUCUGGAGCAACGUGUCCUCGCUGGUGUUCUGGGAGGCGCGGGAUGGCCCGGCUGACAUCCGCCUGACCUUCUUCCAUGGGGACCACAAUGAUGGACUCAACAAUGCCUUCGAUGGACCAGGAGGUGCCUUGGCUCAUGCCUUCUUCCCCCGGCGUGGAGAAGCCCACUUCGACAGUGCCGAGCGCUGGUCCCUCCGCAGCGGCAAAGGGCGCAACCUCUUCAUCGUGGUGGCCCACGAGGUCGGCCACACGUUGGGGCUGGAGCACUCCCCCGUGAAGAGUGCCCUGAUGUCUCCCUACUACAAGAAGCUUAGCAAGGAUUUUGUCCUCAGUUGGGAUGACAUCUUGGCUGUCCAGAACUUGUACGGGAAGCCCUCCAAGGGCUCGGCCAUCCAGCUUCCGGGAAGGGUCUUCACUCACUUCCAGGACUGGAGCACAGACCUUUACAGCAGGGAGCGGCAGCAGAGGAGCCUCAGCACCUACUACUGCCACUCCUUCUUCGAUGCCAUAACCACUGAUGCGGAUCACAACCUCUACAUCUUCAAGGGCAGCCACUACUGGGUGGUGCCGGCGAGCGGCAAUGCCAGCCACCCCCAGCCCCUGCAGACACGCUGGUCUGGCCUCCCCGCCGGCAUCGACGCCUGUGCCUGGUCCCAGCUCAGCGGCAAGUUUUACUUCUUCAAAGGUGGCCGAUGCUGGUGCUACAGGGGCUCCACCCUGGAGGCAGGGUUCCCCCAGAAAUGCAGCGCCCGUGGCCUCCCACGACACCCCGACACCGCGCUCUACUUCCAGCAGCUCCGGCGCCUGGUCCUCUUCAAAGGACCCAAGUACUUCGUGGCGGGCGAGGAGACCCUUGGCGUGGAGCCCUACUACCCUCGCAGCCUGCGGGACUGGCAGGGCUUGCCCCCCGGCACAGCCGGCGCUCUCACCCACCGUGACGGCUUCGUCUACUUCUUCAGGGAUGACCAGUACUGGCAAUUCGACCAGAUCAAACUGCGAGUGGUGGCCACCGGCAAAUGGGCCACCCAGCUACCCUGGAUGGGCUGCUGGGAUGCCAACGAUGGGCAGAUCCUCUUAUGAGCGAGCGUGCCGGGACAAAACGGGGGUCUGACCCCCAUCGUGCCUGACGCUGCCCAGAUCCCUCUUUAUUUGACUCUUGAUUCCCACCUGGGGACGGUUUGGCAGGGACUAGCAGCUCGGGGCUGCCUGCUGGCGGCUGGAGCAGUGGGAUGCUGGAGCGGUGCCCCGACGCAGCAGGGAUGCAGCUGGGAUGGGGCAGCCAGCAGCAGGUCCGCCACAGCCAGGCAGGCUGGAGGCUUCAGGAGACAAUAUUUUUAAAAAAAAAAGACGACGAAAAAAGGAAUAAGCCAUGGAGACUGCAAACACACCUGUUUCUGUUAACGUUCAGGAUAUUGUUACGCGUUCUUUUUUCAAAAAAUGGGAUUUGUUGAUACUUCAGCUGCCAUCUUCCUGCGAUCAGGCAGAGAAGUGCCACACCGUUGCUUGGUUUGGGGCUUGGGUGGUUUUAAAUAAGAGACUGAGAAUGUUUCCUGGUUAAAACAAAAGAGACAUUUGAACAAAAAUACGGGUUCGUGCUGAGCUUUGCUACUGCUGUGUGUGCAGAGCCCCAGCUCCUGCCUCGUCUCCUCCUGUGCUCCACGGAUGGAGGGUGGGCACCUGGACCACGAGCCCAUCCCUGCGGGUUCUUCGUUGGGCUGUGUCCGCAUCCCAGCUCUCUGGUGGGGCACCCGCUGGAGACACCACACCGUGGGGUUCCUGGGGAGAAAGCAGAGCGUUUUGGUGUAGGAGCCUUUUUGGGGUGAAGGCAGCGAGAAUUGCAGCUGAGGUGCUGGCCCUGGCACCAUGCAGCGCGCAGGCAGCAGGCGCAUUGCAGCUUGGCUUGGGUUUGGGAUGGCUGGGUGGGUUCUCUGAUGUCUGAUAAGGGUCGUGCUCACCUGGCAGCCUUUCUUGUGUGCAGAGAAAGUGUCUGUGUCCCUCUGCUCUGUCUCUGCAAGAGGUGGGAUCAAUAUAUUUUUGAGUCCCGUGCCCCUCUGCCGCAGUUGCAUGAGCAGGGUUGGCAGAUUGGUGGGGGAGGAGGGGAAGAGGCGAGGGUGUGCAGGACAGACGGACAUGUCCAUGCAUGCAGGCUCACGAGGACAGCUCGGCUGCAUAUUCCUCAUUCCUUUCCCAAAGCGGACUCCCCACCUGGAAAUGCCGCUGGCUCCUGUGCACUGAGUCACCGGUCACGUCUGCAAAGGGCCAUCAUCCCCACAGCCGGUGGGGGAGUGUUGGGUCCCCAGGGCUUGAAUUCAGUGGCAGCAAAUGCAACCAGGGCAACCAACUUACUUAAAAUGUCCUUUGAUGUGAGAGACUUGGGGGUUUUCAGCGUGCUGGGGUUGUACACAGGUCGGGGGCUGCUUUGCUGAUGCUGAUGAUGAGUCUGACCCAGGACUCAGACCCCAGCACUGGGUGUUGGGUUGGUGGCUUUGGCACCGGGCUGUGGCCGGUCCUGCUGUGCCAGGGUGCCGUGUUGGGAUGCCCUGUUGGGGUGCUGGGCAGGGUGCUGUGUUGGGAUGCCAAGUUGGUGUGCCCUCCCGAUGCCAGCAGCUUCAAGGACUCUUUUUCUUCAGCGCCGCAUCCUCCACUUGCCAUCGCCCACCCUAGAUCUUCCCUGCAGAAGCAGCAGGAGCUGGGCUUGCCCAGGCAGGGUGUCAGGGUUGUUCUUCCCGAGGACUUUAGGUGCUGCCAGAUGUCAGCUGAGAUGUGGAUUUGGCAGGACAGAGAGCUAACACAAGCAGUUCUGUUCAUUCUCUGUGAUGUUUGUGAGAGAAUCCUUCCUGCGCAGACCCAGACGUGGGCACUUCAUCUGCUCAUGGCUUAAAUCUCAGGGGACCUUCAGUGUUGCCAGAGAGACGGGACCACACCAUUUUUAUUUGGAAUUGAGUGAUAAGAAAGCGACAUCACUUGCAGGGAGUCCCAAGGGCUUGGAGACUUGAUGGCAAAUAAAAUUUACCUCUGGAUAAGCAGCA